CGCCUAUUUUGGCGUUGUAACUCCCCCUAGAGUGUUUCAACUAGGUCGUCUAAGCGACUGUAAAGUUUUUCCAGAGCAGCGCUUGGCCGUACAUUCGAGAAUAAUCUACGAGGAAUCAUGUCUGGAAGAGGCAAAGGCGGUAAAGGACUGGGAAAAGGAGGCGCUAAGCGUCACCGUAAAGUUCUGCGUGAUAACAUCCAGGGAAUCACCAAACCCGCCAUUCGUCGUCUCGCUCGCCGUGGUGGAGUCAAGCGUAUCUCUGGUCUGAUCUACGAGGAGACUCGCGGUGUUCUCAAGGUGUUUCUGGAGAAUGUGAUCCGUGAUGCUGUUACAUACACCGAGCACGCAAAGAGAAAGACCGUGACUGCCAUGGAUGUUGUGUACGCGCUGAAAAGGCAGGGACGCACUCUUUACGGCUUCGGCGGUUAAAUGUCUACGAUCGAUCCUAAAAUCAAAGGCUCUUUUAAGAGCCACCCACAUUGUCCUAAAAGGCAUUUGAAC